AUGCUCUUCUCCUCUCUCUUCUCCUCAUCCUCCUCAUCCUCCACAGACCCCCAAACCACACCCACCGAACCCCCCUCCCCCCAAUCCCAACCUUCCUCCACCCCACCCGCAUCAACAUCAAUGACAAGAUCCCCCUCAGACGAAUUCAACCCCCCCCUCCCCGCCCUCUGGACGCCCAAAACGAACCUAAAACUCCUCCUGGGCGGCCUCGCCUUCUUCACAUUCAGCAUCUACAGCACCCGACGAGCCAUGAACCGGAAGUUUCUCGCGAGCAUCCCACCAUACUACACGAGCAGCGUGUACCACAAGCUGAACGUCAGCGGCGGGGCGGAGGCAUUCGAGGCGCUGCAUCUGGCGACGAUGAACGUGCUGUCGUUCGGGAUGAUGGGUGCGGGAGGACUUCUGUACGCGCUGGAUAUCAAUGGGGUGGAGGAUAUGAGGCGGUUCGUGAGGAAGGGGAUGGUGGAGGGGGAUGGGGCGUUGAUGCGCGGGGAGGAUAAGGAGUUGGAGAGGGAGGUGGAGGGGUGGGUUGAGAAGGUGCUUGGGGAGAAGUUUGGGAAGGAGUUGCAGAGGGAGAAGGAGAGGAGUGCGGCUGCUGCUGCUGCUGCCGCCGCGGCGGCUGUGGAGGGGGGGAAGAAGGAGUGA